UGUGUAUAAAAACAGAACAUUGGUACAGAGGCCACAGUGCCAUAGAAGGUAAUUACAGAGACAGUAAAAUCCUUUUAUGCUGGGAAAAAUAAAAUGCUGGGUGUCUCAUGAAAUUUCAGAACCUGAUUUCAAAAGGACUGUAAUGAAGAGGAGAUAAAAUUGAGCAUGGUGGGCUGCUCUACAGGAUAUAUUUGUCAGUGGAAUGUUUCCACAUAUUCUACCACCAACAUAAGAAAAAAAUAAUUAUUGUUGAUUUGAAGCUUGAUGAAAUUUCAAAGGCUGCCUUUUCUCUCCUCAUUUUAGAGAAAAAUGAGCAGGCAAAAUUGUUGGAUUUGUAAAAUGUGCAGAGAUGAACCUAAGCGGCUCCCUUCAAACCUCACUUUGGAGGAAGUGUUAAAGUGGGCCCAAUCUUUUGACAAUUUGAUGGCUACAAAAUAUGGUCCGGUAGUCUAUGCAGCAUAUUUAAAACUGGAGCACAGUGAUGAGAAUAUUAAAUUCUGGAUGGCAUGUGAAACGUAUAAGAAAACUGCCUCACGGUGGAACAGAAUUUCUAAAGCAAAGAAGAUUUAUAAGGUUUACAUUCAGCCACAGUCUCCAAGAGAGAUUAACAUUGACAGUUCGACGAGAGAAACUAUCCUCAGGAAUAUUCAAGAACCCACCCAAACAUGUUUUGAAGAGGCUCAAAAAAUAGUAUAUAUGCACAUGGAAAGGGAUUCCUACCCCAGGUUUCUAAAGUCAGAAAUGUACCAGAAACUUUUGAAAAUGAUUCAGUCCAAUAACAAUUCCUGACUACCACUCAAAAGUUUAAAUUGAAAAUGAUAUUUUGAAAGGAAUAGGUUUGGUCUUUUAAUUUAGAAGAACACACAGUCAAAAACAAAGUACAAAUGAAGCAGACAUCAAACUAUAAAUUGAUUUCUAGCUCUCAAAUAGAAACAGAUCUCAAAAAGGAUAGAUUCAAGAACUCUUACAACCUGAAUAAACCAAUUUACAGCUUAUCUACAUAGUUUUGUUAAUAUAUAGGGGGAAAGUAUGUCUUUCUUCAUGACACAAACAUU